AUGGGACCUCCUGGCCCUCCUGGAAAACCCGGACAAAUGGGACCAAAAGGAGAGGUUGGGAAGCCUGGUUCCAGUGUUUCUGUCCCAGGUCCCCCUGAUCGCGGAGCUGUAGGAGCACAGGGAGCGAAAGGCGAGAAAGGACAAACUGGGAUGUCUGGGGCCAAGUAUGUUCGGUGGGGAAGGACCACUUGUCCCAGUGGCGCUGAAAUUGUUUACAAAGGUAUAAUUGGUGGCGAUGGUUACAAUCACCAAGGUGGUGGAGUAAAUUAUCUUUGCCUUCCAACUAAUCCAAAAUACGACAAGUACAAAGAUGGAUGGCAGGACUCGGGAUACGUGUAUGGCACUGAGUAUGAAAUCAAUACUUUUAACCCAUUUAAGAAAAACCUCCAUGACCACGAGGCACCCUGCGUCGUUUGCUUCGUUAAGUCACGUGGCUCAAUGCUUAUGAUGCCCGCACGGAAUGAUUGUCCAUCUGGCUGGACCGAGGAGUAUCAUGGGUACCUGAUGACUGAAUACUACAACCACAAGAAGCAACGUGACUACAUUUGUGUUGACGAAGAUUCAGAGCAUGUCCCCGGUAGUCAAACUAAUAAGAAUGGCGCGUUACUGUACCCGGUGCAAGGAGCUUGUGGCGCUCUUCCGUGUCUUCCAUAUGUCAACGGAAGGGAGUUGACCUGUGCUGUUUGUACCAAGUGA